AUCUGUCGUAUUUGGAAUUGGUGGAAUCAAAAGUAUACCUUGGUGGAAUACACAUUUCUUCACUUGGGUGACCCGCCAGGACUCACAUCGCGAUUCGCGACAUGCAGCGGAUGUCGUCAGACGCGAUUUUUGUGAAUCGCUUUUUCAUUUUUUAGAAUUGUUAAUCGGGCAAUUUUGGGAAAGGCAAUUUUUUAUUAAGUAUCUUUCCUUGUAUCAGUAUCCUUCCUUGUACCGCGCGCUUAAUUUUAUGCUAGGGCGUUCUAGUAUGGAGCCCAACCUGCAGGACCAUGGUGAGCCCGUCAGUGUGCUGAACUUUUGGGAACCAGGUGGUUAUCAACGAACGACGAAGCGCGUCUUCGACGGUUACGAACUCUGCAAUGAUUUAGCGGAGAUGAUUGAAGAGCGCGCCGAAAUUGAAACAAAACAUGCCAAUGAGAUAAAUAGUUGGUCAACAAAGUGGAAUGGAAAGAUCGUCGAUAAAGACAGAGUGUAUGGAUCGUUGGUUGGCGCAUGGAAAGCUGUUUUCGUUGCAGCGGACCGGGAAGCGGAAGUUCGUUUGCGUGUUAAAAAAGAUCUUAUCAAUAUUGUCCAGGAGAUUGGACGCUGGCAGCAGGAUCAUUUCCAUCAAAUUAGGAUGUUAAACUCAGUGCAUUUCAAGGAAAAGAAAGAUACGGACGUCGCAUUUGAGAACGCUCAAAAACAGUGGGCAAACCUCCGAAAACUCGUAGAAAAAUCUAAAAUUGAAUACCAUAUCAGUUCCCAAACAGAACAGUCGGCAGCUGCAAGAUAUCAGAUGUUCAACGGCGACACGACUAUUUCCGCAGAUCAGCAUAAGGACAUUGCUGAUGAAGUGGCGAAAUCUGCACAUUUAAAAAUGGAAGCAAAAGCAGUUUACGAGGGUGCUCUUCGGGAUUUGACUCGCUAUAAUCCGCGAUAUGUAGAGGAUAUGAAGAAGGUCUACGGCAAAUGUCAAGAUAUGGAGAAAAAGCGACUUGAGUUCUUCCACGAAAGACUGAUGUCCAUACAUCAAAUACUAGACUUACCCAAUGACAUACAGUUCAAGCAGAUUUUUGAGGAUUUCUUCAAGGAAGUUGAAGCAGCAAGUUCUGAAAACGAUUUAAUAUGGUGGAAUAUACACAGAGGAAUCGAUAUGCCUAUGAGCUGGCCCAAAUUUGAAGAACGUUGCACCGGUUUGCCGGAUGCGCUUCCUGAGGUGCACAACGUGCAGGACGGGCCGGACGCGGUGCUGGAGGUGUCAGCCGUGGUGCAGGACGUGUCGGCCGUGGUGCAGGACGUGCCGACGGCGGCGAUGGGCGUGCCGGUCGUGGUGCAGGGCGGGCCGACCGCAGUGCUGGAUACGUCAGCCGUGGACGAGGAUGUGCCGGCCGUGGCACAGGACGUGUCGGCGGCGGUGCUGGGCGUGCCGGUUGCGGUGCAGGACGUGCAGGAAGCGUCGUCACGGAGCAGGACGCGUCAUCGCGGAACACCGCAUGCCCGGCGCGGUGUUGGACGUGUAGCCACGGUGGAAACCUCGUCCGUCGCAUUGAAUAACCAAGUUGUAGGGAUGGAUGACCCUCCCAUCGGGAUGGUUAACCAGCCGAACGGGAUGGUUAACCAGCCGAACGGGAUGGAGAACCAGACCGUAGCAGACGCGCCUGCCGCCGUUUCUCUCCGAAGAUCCCAAAGGCCACGGACCACUGUUGUUUCGGUUGUCGACCCUACUUCGCUACCCACAGUCGCUCCGCGUUCUACUAGUCGUCGAGGUUCCAAGCGCCCGCGUAAAUGCGAUCAGUGCCAACUCAAAGACGAUCAGAUUAGCAGAAUGACCGCAGAACAUACUAUAAUGAGCAAUGAGCUGGCAAUCGUGAAGCAACAGAAUGCAGACAUGGAAAAAGUGCAGCAACGCCUUAGGACCCUGCGACGCCGAAAUCCCUCACAGUAGUUGAUGUCAUUCGAAUUUGUGAACUAUAACAUCCAGGGUUGUGGAUCGGCCUCCGGUGGCUUUUAGUCUGAACUCGCUUGAUUUUCGUGUUCUUUUUCUCCGCUGACCGGCACUUCGCCAUUCGGCAAUGACAGAAAAUUACGAUGUUGCAUCUGUGCUCUGCACGUUUUCGAAUUUUUACUCUUGAUUGGUGCCGGCACUUCCUGAAUUGAUUUGGUUGUUUCCUGGGAGGUUGAGCUGUUUCCUCGCUGUUGGUGAAUGGAGAGUUUGUGUUCGUAGUUGACAACAUUUCUUUAUUUUGGUCAAUAAAUCUGUCUCCCUCCCACCCAAUCCUAAUGAAUUGCCGGUUGCUUUUUACUGUUUUGUUGCAUUUGCUUUUCGACAUUGCUCAUGUUGUUAGU